CUAUCAAUUGACUUUCUCUACAGGUUCAGCAAUGCCUGCAGUGAAUACCACAAACAACAAAACUCGUAAACAUAAUUAAAUGAUAAUGGUGUUCUUGUUAAAAAGCUACAUAGUUACUAUAUGCAGAGAGUAACGGUCAAUUAUGAAUCUGAACACUUACACGUGCGAGAGACAUGAAAUCCUCAUCUAGUUAACCCCCCCCCCUCCCUUUUCGUUGCACUGACGGUUGCAUUAACUCCCAUCCGUUUCUCCGCCAAGUGCUGUUUGACAUAACUGUAGUUAACUGGUACGUUGAUGGAAGAGCCCAUGAACGAGGAAAAGAACAUGCGGAUCAAAAUAGAUCGCUUUCUGUAAGGAAUUUCUGUACAAUAGCAUAGUAAACCUGCACAUACAAUUCAAUAACAGAGGUUUUAGGGCCAAUAACAUCAAUCAAAGGACCCGAACACACCCCUGUGACGUCCAACCAUGUCUCAGAGUAACCCCUCCUUCCAGCUCAUUCUGACUCUGAGGAAGUCUCCCGCUUUGUUACGCUGCCAGUUUUGCCCUGACCGCACUGCCAGCCUCUCCCGGGGUGACCCCCUCUACAAACUACACUACCUGGGCACUGAGAAAAUCUACUCCCUUGAAAUGGAGCAGGCCCAGGGGGCCAUAAGCCGCCUUCUCCAGCAGAGGGCCCCUGAAAAACCUGGAAAGGCGCAUGCUCUGGUGGUACGGCCUCGCUACGUAGAGGUCAAGGAUAUUGCCACAGGGAGACAGCUUGCGAAGACCUACCUGAGAGACAUUGCAUUCUGUGCAGCUGACACAGAUAAUCCCAACGUGUUUCUGUACAUCUGUAAGCAGCAGGGCCCGCAGUUGCAGUUACAGUGCAGGGUAUUUUGGUGCAGCAGUGCAGAGAGAGCUAAGGACAUAACAGCCUGUUUUGCCCAGAGCUUUCAAACUGCUCUUAGAGAUUGGCAGGGGCAGGGGGUUGAGCCCAUUCACACUGGAGAUGGGGAGGGACCAUCAGUCGUUGGUGGGUUGUCAAUCAACGCUAGUCAUCAUCCCGACUCUUUUACAAUAUCAGCAGAACUCAGGACAGAUCGCUGGAGGAAAAGGAGGGGAGCGGCUACUCCAUGUCCACUAGGAGCAAUAAGGAGAAGGAUGGGAAUCAACACUGAUGACAAACAAUCAAGUUGUGGAUCUUGCAUCAGGACAGUGAACCCAAACGCACAUCCAGGAAUGAAGAAGAUAAUUUGGACAGCAAGGAGUACAGAUCUGAAUCAAAUCCAUAACCUAUGGCAAGAGCUGAAAACAGCAGUUGGUGCAUGGACCCCUUCAACAUUGAAGAGGGGUGCCGGUUUUCCCCGUAGAAAGUGCAGGUUUCUAAAAAGCCAAGUAUCCAGGAGAAAUUUUCAAAAAUGAAAGGUUUUAUUGGGCUUGGAAAAAGGUCGUUGGGAUAACAUUGCUGCAGGUAAGUAAUGAAACAAAUCUUUUAAAAAAAGUUUCCUUAUAAAGAAUCUGACAAAUUAUUGGUCACACAGGUUUAAUUGGGCAUUCAGUUUCUCCAGGCUUUUUCUUCGCAAGAGUACUCAAGAGACUUAUCUAGAGCCUGGCAAAUUAUAGCGCUUUUCCACUGCAUGGUAACGGCUCGACUCUGCUCUACACGCCUCACCUUAUUUGCUUUUCCACUGGACAAAAGUGAGGAUAGUAACUGCUACCAGAUACUUUUUUUAGUACCUGCUCCGUCGAGGUUCCAAGCGAGCUGAGGCGAUACCAAAAUGGAUCUACUGGCCACCUAGCAUCCCUUUUUGACAUGGCUCCAUAUGUCAAACUACUGCCCUUGCGUAGCUUGUUUUUGGUCAAAGGUUCAGGAGUGACCAAAAAAAUCGCAAAAUGUAUCAUAAAUAUUUCUUAUAAACAGCUCUGUUGGGUGAUUUGGAAAGCCCUUGUCAAUCACUUAACAAUGUAUACAGAACAAAAAUAUAAAUGCUACAUGGAAAGUGUUAUAUUUAAUGAGCUGAAAUAAAAAUAAAAAUGAAUGCAAAAACAUCCAUGUGUACAAACAUUAUGCAUUGAUUAAGUC